AUGUUACUGCUGAGACGGGCUGCGGGGAGCUGAGCCAGGGGAGGAAGAAUGCGGGUCUACUUAAUGGUCUUCUGCCUUAUUUCUUGCACCGCGAGCGGGCAAAUAGUGUAUUCCAUCACCGAGGAAACGGAGCGUGGAGUGUCCAUUGGAAAUAUAGCAAAAGACUUAGGAAUAAAUGCUGCUACUCUUUCUUCACGGAAAUUUCGCAUGAUCACCGGUUCAAGUAAGCAAUAUUUUAAUAUAGAUUUAAGCACGGGGGCUUUAACUAUUAAGGAGCCCAUAGACAGAGAGCAGGUUUGCGAAUUAAAAUCUACUUGCUUUCUGAGUUACGAACUUGUGCUAGAAAACCCUCUAGAGCUUUAUAGGAUGGAAUUUAAAGUCCUGGACAUAAAUGACAACUCCCCCAGCUUUCCCCUAAGUGAAUAUCAUGUAAAAGUGGCUGAGUUCCUGUCACCUGGGGCACGGUUUACACUCCCCACGGCCCAAGAUUUGGAUGAAGGUUCCAACAGUGUCCAGAAUUAUACUCUGAGCCCUGAGGAACAUUUCCAUUUGGAAAUGCAGACACACGGGGAUGGGAGUAAGUAUCCUGAAUUGGUGCUGGAGAAAGCCUUAGAUAGGGAGCAGCAAGCCACUCACAGACUCAUCCUUACAGCCAAAGACGGUGGGAAUCCCCCAAAGUCUGGUGACGUCCAGGUCAUUGUGACUGUGCUGGAUACUAAUGACAACGCACCGGAAUUUGAGCACUCAGUCUAUAGGGCAAGUAUCUUGGAAAACUCCCCCAAUGGCACUUUGGUUGUCCGAGUACAUGCCACAGAUUUGGAUGAAGGUCUAAAUGGAGAAAUCAGGUAUUCAUUUAGCAAUAGCACUGCUGCUGAUCUACAGCAAAUGUUCUUAAUUCACCCUCAUACUGGGGAAGUGACAGUCAAUGGCGUUUUAGCUGUUCAGAGACCUCUUCUUGAAAUGUUUAUUGAGGCAAGGGAUAAAGGGGCAUUUGGCCUGUCCAGCACAGCUAAACUGCUGGUGGAAAUCACUGAUGUGAACAAUCAUGCCCCAGAGAUAACAGUUACAUCCCUUUCUAGUCCCAUCCCUGAAGAUGCUGUACCUGGCACUGUGAUAGCUCUUCUCAGUAUUAUGGAUAAAGACCCUGGGGAGAAUGGGAAGGUAACCUGCCAGAUUCCUGAUAACCUUCCCUUCCAGCUAAAACCCUCCCUUGAAAACUACUAUAGCCUGAUCACUAGUGGGCUUCUGGAUCGAGAGUUGAUUAGUGAGUACAACAUCACCAUUACUGCUACAGACCUGGGAUCCCCUCCUACUACCACUCAGAAGACCCUUUGGGUACAGAUUUCUGACGUGAAUGACAACCCCCCUGUCUUCACUGCUGAUGCAUGUAACGUUUCUGUGGAGGAGAACAAUCCACUUGGUGCUUUUCUCUACCGUGUUUCAGCAUCUGACCCCGAUGUGGGGGAAAAUGGACGGGUCUCUUACAUGCUGAGGAACUCCACGGUUGCAGGCAAUACGUUGGCCAGUUUUUUAUCUGUGAGCUUGGCCAAUGGGAGCAUCUAUGCAAAACGUGCCUUUGACUUUGAGCAGUUUAGGAGUUUCCAUUUCCAAGUGGAAGCCAAGGACAAUGGGUCACCAGCUUUGAGCACUGCCAUAACUGUGAAUGUUUACAUUUCGGAUCAGAAUGACAACGCCCCCACCAUCCUGUAUCCCAUUAGCCAGAAUGGCUCAGUAGCUGUGGAAAUUGUGCCCCGCCUGGCUGAUGAGGGUUACCUGGUGACCAAAGUGGUGGCAGAUGAUGAUGACAAUGCACAGAAUGCCUGGCUCUCCUAUCAUCUUGCCCAGUCCUCUGAUUCCACACUGUUCCACCUGGUACCACACUCCGGUGAGCUGCGCACCACACGCUCCAUGCGCACCACUGACUUCCUCAAGCACAAGGUGGUCGUGGUGGUGCGGGACCAUGGGGACCCGCCACUCUCUUCUACUGUGACUGUGGGCAUCCUGCUGGCUGACUCCCUGCCCCAGGCACUGCCGGACUUUGAUGACAGUGGGGAGCCACCACCUCUGCUGAACACCACAAACCUCUACCUGAUUGUUUCCCUUGCCUGUGUCGCCUGUGUCUUUGCAUUGCCUGAUGCUAUUCACUAUAAAGCCCUCCAGCCAAUUGGGAUGAUGCUCUAUGUGAUGGAUGUGAGCCUUGAAUUAUCUUUUACACAAGUUCAGCUGAACAGUUUGGCGAUUCUUCAGACCAAGGCGCGGCUCACCUCGGGCAGCGGGCGGCACUACCUGGAGCUGGAGCCCAAGCGCGGGGUGCUGCUGGUGCGGGAGCGCAUGGACCGGGAGGCGCUCUGCGAGCUGAGCCCUUCCUGCUUCCUCAGCCUGGAGCUGAUCAUCGAGCAACCCAUCGAGGUGCACAACGUGGAGGUGGAGGUGCUGGACAUCAAUGACAAUGCGCCGCGCUUCCCUCGCCAGGACUACCGGCUGGAAAUAAGUGAGUCUGCUGUGCCCGGGGCCCGCUUCCACAUUGAGAGUGCCCAGGAUCCUGAUGUGGGUACCAACUCUGUGCAGAGCUACCAGCUUAGCCCCAGCCACCACUUUGCCCUGGACCUCAAAGGCUUCCAACGGGGGAGCAAACUCCUAGAGCUGGUGCUGCAGCAGCCCCUGGACCGGGAGCAGAGUGCCCUGCAGCAGCUGGUACUCACUGCUGUGGAUGGUGGGGACCCCCCUAAGUCUGGAACAGCCCAAAUCUCUGUACGAGUUGUGGACACUAAUGAUAACCCACCUGCCUUUGAUCGCUCCACCUACACUGUGAGCCUCCUGGAGAAUGCCCCACCUGGCACGCUAGUUGUCAAACUCAAUGCCUCAGACCCUGAUGAGGGCUCCAACGGGGAUGUGAUCUAUUCUUUUGGCAGCUACACACCACAGAAGGUGAGACAGCUUUUCAGUGUGGACCCACACUCUGGGGAGGUAAGGGUUAAUGGUACCUUGGACUAUGAAGAAGCAUCCUUUUAUGAGAUCUAUGUGCAAGCCACUGACCAGGGCCCUGUCUCCAUGGCUGGGCACUGCAAAGUGCUAGUCAACAUUGUGGAUGCCAAUGAUAAUGUUCCUGAGGUGGAGCUGACUUCCCUGUACAGCCCAGUACCAGAGGAUGCAAGGGCAGGAACUGUGGUAGCCCUGAUGAGUGUCACUGACCAGGACUCAGGACUGAACAAGCAGGUGAGUCUACGUAUUCCUCCUGGCCUCCCCUUCACACUCAACUCCUUCAAGAAUUCCUACACUCUGGUCACUCAGGGCCACCUGGACCGUGAGAAGGCAGCAUCCUACAACAUCACAGUUACAGCUACUGACUCUGGGAGACCCCCUCUCUCCUCCCAGAAGGUGAUCCAUGUGGAGAUCUCUGAUAUCAAUGACAAUCCCCCACACUUUGAGGAACCUGCGUACUCAGUUUACAUACCUGAGAACAACCCCCUUGGGGUCUUGCUGUGCACUGUCAAAGCCACCGACCCGGAUGUUGCCAAAAAUGCCUAUGUAUCCUAUUCUCUACUGGAUGGGGAGAUUGAAGGGCUACCUGUCGCCUCCUAUGUCUCUAUUAAAUCCGAUAAUGGCAACAUAUAUGCUGUCAGCUCCUUUGACUAUGAGACACUAAGGGAGUUCCAAGUAGUUGUCCAGGCCCAGGAUGCUGGGAUCCCACCACUGAGCAGUGCUGUCACUGUCUACAUUUAUGUCACGGAUGAGAAUGACCAUGCUCCGCAGAUCCUGUAUCCUACCUCAACCAACACUUCAGCAGCCCUGGAGAUGAUCCCACGCUCAGCAAAUGCAGGAUAUUUGGUAACCAAAGUUAUAGCUAUUGAUGGGGACUCAGGGCAAAAUGCCUGGUUGUUUUUCCACCUGGUACAAAACUCAGACUCGGAUCUCUUCAGGGUGGAGCUCCAUAGUGGGGAGAUUAGGACUACUCGCAAACUGGGGGAAGAGAGCGCACCUACUUUCAACCUGACAGUGGAGGUGAGGGACAAUGGAGAGCCAGCGAUGUCCUCAUCAGUGGCCAUCACAGUUGCUGUGGUGGACAGAGUUUCCAAAAUCAUCCCUGACACAAGAAGACAUGUUAAAAGUACGAGGAAUUACUCAGAAAUCACUCUUUAUCUCAUUAUCGCUUUGAGCGCCAUCUCCUUCGUUUUCCUUUUUGCAAUUAUUGGGCUUACUAUUAUCAAGUGCUACAGAUAUAGUCUGUAUGGGGACUCCUGCUGCACCGGUUUCUGUGGGGUCAGAGAACGGUGCCCUGCUGAAAUGUAUAAGCAGGCCAACAACAACAUCGACACUAGGUUGCCCCAUGGUUUAAAAGUGCAGCCCCAUUUCAUUGAAGUGAGGGGCAACGGGUCUCUCACUAAGACCUACUGCUAUAAGGCUUGCCUAACUGCAGGAUCAGGAAGUGACACUUUUAUGUUUUACAAUACUUGUGGCCCAACAGGAACUGGUCCCUCUGCAGUGAUGACUGAGAGGCAUCUGACAGGACAGAGUGGGCAGAGUGCACAAAACCUGAUUAUACUUAAAAAUGACUCCAUUACUCCUAACGAGGUAAAUACUGGGGCUUUCAGGGUCCAUUUGCAGCAGCAUCUGAACCUUUUCGGCUAUGCCAGGGCAGUGCUCUGUGCUUCAGGGAAGUCAGUGUGA